AUGUAUUCUUCAUUAAAAGCACCUCUUUCUGAUGCUACUUCUAAAUCCAAAGAACAAUCCCAAUCUAAAAAAGAAACUCUUAAAGAUGAAGAAGAUUCAUCAAAAAUGUCUGGUAAUAAUAUAUUGCAAUUAAUUAGUAAAUUUCGAGGUGCUGAAAUAAUUCAUGAAAAGGUUUCAAUUGCUGAACAAAGUAAUCAAACAACUAUUCAAAUCGAUGUUGAAGAAUUGAAAGAAAUUGGUGAAGAAAUCGAGUUUUUAACCAAAGGUGUAACAGAAAUGGCGAUUGUUCUUGAAAAAAUCAAUAAAACUACAAAAGAAGUAAAAUCAUGGGUUCAACAUAAAACCGAAGAAAUAUCCGAAGAAAAAUUACGUUAUACUGAAUUAGGAAAAA